AUGUAUUUGUCAAGAUUCCUGUCACUUCACGCCCUCUGGGUUACCGUAUCCUCUGUGAUGCAGCACUACCCUUCCGUGUGGGGACACUAUGAUGUGUGUAAGACGCAGAUUUACACAGAAGAAGGAAAAAUAUGGGAUUACAUGGCCUGCCAGCCAGAAGCUAGAGACAUGAUCAAAUACGUCAAAGUGACUCUGGAUCCCCCGGACAUAACGUGUGGAGAUCCUCCUGAGACUUUCUGUGCAAUGGGGAAUCCCUACAUGUGCAAUAAUGAAUGUGAUGCGAGUACCCAAGAACUGGCUCAUCCUCCAGAACUGAUGUUUGAUCUUGAAGGAAGACAUCCCUCCACAUUUUGGCAGUCCACGACUUGGAAGGAUUAUCCAAAGCCUCUUCAUGUUAAUAUUACGCUCUCCUGGAACAAAACCAUUGAGCUGACGGAUAACAUAGUUAUCACUUUUGAAUCUGGCCGUCCAGACCAAAUGAUCCUGGAGAAAUCACUUGACUAUGGACGAACAUGGCAGCCCUACCAGUACUAUGCCACAGACUGCUUAGAUGCUUUCCACAUGGAUCCAAAAUCGGUGAGGGAUUUAUCGCAGCACACAGUCUUAGAAAUCAUUUGUACAGAGGAAUACUCUACUGGGUACAUGACAAAUAGUAAAAUAAUCCACUUUGAAAUCAAAGAUAGAUUUGCUUUUUUUGCUGGACCUCGGCUUCAUAAUAUGGCUUCCCUUUAUGGCCAGCUUGACACAACCAAGAAGUUAAGAGAUUUCUUUACCAUCACAGAUCUGAGGAUAAGACUGCUUAGGCCAGCAACUGGAGAAAUAUAUGUAGAUGAGCAACAUCUGGCACGUUACUUUUAUGCAAUUUCAGACAUAAGGGUAUAUGGAAGGUGUAAGUGCAACCUUCACGCUACUGGCUGUAAAGAAGAAAACAAAAGACUACUUUGUGAAUGUGAGCAUAACACAACUGGCCCAGACUGUGGAAAAUGCAAGAAGAAUUACCAGGGCCGACCGUGGAGCCCUGGUUCUUAUCUGCCUAUACCUAAGGGCACUGCUAAUAUCUGCAUACCCAGUAUUUCCAGUAUCGGUAACUGUGAAUGCUUCGGGCACUCCAACCGGUGCAGUUACAUCGAGCUGCUCAAUACGGUCAUUUGCGUGAGCUGUAAGCACAACACUAGAGGCCAGCACUGUGAGUUAUGCAGGCUGGGCUACUUCAGAAAUGCUUCUGCAGAGCUGGACGAUGAAAAUGUGUGCAUAGACUGUUAUUGUAACCCUUUUGGUUCAGUCCAUGAUCGCUGUAAUGACAGAGGAUUUUGUGAGUGUAAGGAGGGAGCAUCAGGGCCUAAAUGUGAUAAAUGUCUGCCGGGAUAUAUCUGGCACAACUUGGGCUGUCAACAUGCACCAUGCUCAGGAAGGCCAAUCGAAGUUGGUAACGACAAAAUAAAGGCAUUGAUCAAAUCCAGUCGGCGUUUAAUGACACAAGAGAUUGCUGAUAAGCUUAACGUAUUGAAAUCAAGCAUAGAAAACCAUUUAAAACAACUUGGACAUGUUAGGAAGUUCCAUAUUUGGGUACCACGGGAGCUCAAAGAAAUUCAUCUCAGUAAGUGCAUUGACAUCUCUGAUUCUCUCUUGAAGCAUGAAGAAAAUGAUCCAUUUUUGAAACAUAUGAUAACAGUUGAUGAAAAAUGGGUCAUCUACAAUAACAACAAACCAAAAAGAUAA